GAUGCGGUUUCUUACGCCCCUUUUAGUCGCUCGCUCCCUCCGCCUCCACCAAAACAGGCCAGAGGUUCGGUGUCUAGAGGUAGGAAACCGAAGCGUCCGACCGUUUUCCUGCUUGGGCCGUUCUACAUUUGAAGCAAUAACUGCUUGGGCUCAAGGAGAGGCGGGAGCCCCGAGUAAACGGAUCUCGCCAUGGCCGCGUCCAUGAAGCAGAGGUUCGACCAUUUCUUGCAUGAGAAGAACUGCCUGACCAACGUGCUGGGGAAAAUCGAGAGUAAGACGGGCGUGAACAGGUCCUUGAUCGCCAUCGCCAUUAUUGCUGUGCUGGCCAUCUAUCUAGUGAUUGGCUAUGGAGCAUCCCUGCUUUGCAACCUGAUCGGAUUUGCUUAUCCUGCAUAUGUCUCCAUAAAGGCCAUUGAAAGCCCUAACAAAGAUGAUGACACACAGUGGCUGAUCUACUGGGUGGUGUAUGGCAUCUUCAGCAUAGCAGAAUUUUUCUCUGACAUCUUUCUCUCCUGGUUCCCUUUCUACUAUAUGAUAAAGUGUGGCUUUCUGUUAUGGUGCAUGGCUCCAAGUCCCUCAAAUGGAGCUGAGCUGCUUUACUUCCGAAUUAUCCGUCCUCUUUUUCUGAAGCAUGAAGCUCAGCUGGAUAGCGUAAUGAAGGACCUGAAAGAUAAGGCUGCAGAGACAGCAGACACCAUUACUAAGGAAGCUAAAAAAGCAACAAUAAAUUUGCUGGGUGAGGAGAAGAAGAGCACCUAAAAGAGUUAACUGGAAGAUAAGUUACCUUACACAGCUUGAUGUUACUGUGGACUGUGAUUUGAAUAAUGUCACCUUGUAAACAUGUUUUUGAUUUUAUUAAAGGAAUGUGUUGUAAGAGUGCUUGCUUUUUGGCAGUAAAGCUGGAAGUAAGCAUUUUUAUUUGAAACCAGUGCAGAGGAUGGCAUCUAAAGCUUAUCCAGAUUAGUUUAUGAAUCUCCUGAACAAAGAAUGGAUUUUCAGUAAUGCCUUGACUUGCAGUUAAUGUAAACUUCAAAUAAAAUAUGCCCCAGGCUCUGUCCAUGUA